CGCCGGAAUGUAGUAAAAUAUUUUUAGUUUACUUUAAAAUAAAUUUAAAUACGUUAAGACAGUAAUGUUAUAUAUUUUUAUUUGAGUUUGUGGGCAUUAUUAUUAAUUUCGUAUAGUCUAAAACAUCCAUAAGAUUUAAUACACACGACUGAUUUCUGAACUGAACCCGUAUUUUAGAUUGACACGUCUUCUUUCUCACACUCAUGUGGAUUUGGAUUGAAUUGUAAUGAUUUUGUAAAUUAUUAAAUUUAUUAAAUUGAAGGAUGGGUGGGCAAAAAUUUGAGUAUGAUGAGAGUGGAUCAACAUUCUUUUAUUUCGUUCUCUCAUUCCUGGCCUUAAUAUUAGUGCCAGCGACAUUUUAUUACUGGCCGCGGAAAAGAAAAGAAGAUCCCGCCAAGAAAGCAGAAUUAUGUCAAUGUCCAAAUUGUGUUAAGAAACAGUUAAUCAUAGAGCAAUCACAGCCUUACAAGGGUGUGAAGAAUUUUUUCAUUAAAGUUGCCAUCGUGUCAGGAUGGGUGCUGCUUGGAUUCCUUGCAUAUAAAGUGUCACAGUUUGACUAUGAGAUGUCAAAUUUUGAUCCAUAUGAUAUACUGGGUCUUCCCCCUGGUGCCUCACAGGCAGAAAUUAAGAAAUCUUACCGCAAGCAGUCUCUAAUUCUCCACCCUGACAAAGAAACUGGAGAUGAAAAAGCUUUUAUGAGAUUGACCAAGGCUUAUCAGGCUCUCACAGAUGAUGAAGCGAGGCGAAAUUGGGAGAAAUAUGGCAAUCCUGACGGACCAGGGGCAAUGAGCUUUGGUAUUGCGUUGCCAAGCUGGAUUGUGGAGAAGGAAAACAGUGUUUGGGUGCUUGGGCUUUAUGCUCUUGUGUUCAUGGUCGCAUUACCUACUGCUGUGGGCACAUGGUGGUACAGGUCAAUUCGCUUUUCUGGAGAGCAAGUACUGCUUGACACAACCCAAAUGUACUUCUACUUCUGUCACAAAACUCCAUCAAUGCCCCUGAAGCGAGCCCUCAUGAUUUUGGCGGCCUCUUGUGAAUUUGACAAGAGACAUAAUUCAGAAAUUGUUGAGAGGGUUACUGACAAUGAAGAAGUACCUAUGCUUUUACGCGAACUACCAAACCUCGGCGAGAAGAACAAAGAGCAGCCUUUGUGCCGGCCCUACAGCAUCAAAGCCCGGGCCUUGCUCCACGCUCACCUGUCCCGGAUGAAACUCCCUCCGGACACGUUGGAGUGCGAUCGGAGAUAUGUGGUAUCCCGCUGCCCGGAUCUCAUUGUGGAGAUGGUCAACUGUGUUAACCAGUUGAUAGCGUUGGCCUAUGCUAGGAGAAUACCUCGCCUACCCACCAUCGAGACUAUAGAGAAUUGCAUGAAACUCUCACCAAUGAUAGUCCAAGGCUUAUGGGAGUACAAAUCUCCUCUCCUACAACUUCCUUACAUCACAGAAGACCACCUGAAAUACUUCACAAAUCGUAAAAAGCACAUCAAAUCAUUAUUGCAACUAGCACAGUUACCAGGCGAGGAAAGGAGACAAGUGCUGCGGUUUUUGAAUGACAAACAAUAUGAAGAUGUGAUGAAAGUUUUGGGGAACAUGCCUUAUAUUCAUUUCCAAGUCAACACUGAAGUAAUUGACGACGAGAAUUCCACAGUGGUAACAGCUGGCGCCAUUGUUACUGUUACCGUGUUUCUGAGAAGAACUAACAUGAGGGAGCUGUUUGGCGAUACCACAAUAAAAGAAAAAGAUAACAUUAAAGAAGACGAAGAAGGUGCCGGCGAGAAUGGCGAAAAGAAUGAAAACGACAAGAAUGACAAGGACAAAAAAGAGGUAUUCAAGCGGCCAGUAUGGAUGAAGCAGACUAAAAAGCACCCGUCUUCUAAAAAAAGCAAGAAACCCGCUCCGGCGAAGCAGCAACCCAAGCCAGCGCCCGUUGCCUCGACGCCGCCGCCGCCCGCUAACGAUCACAAGAAAACUAAGGAACCAAAGAAGAAGGAUGACGAAGGCGAUGAAUCCGACCAUGACAGCUCAGACGAGUCGGCGUCCCGUAGCUCGGGGUCGGAAGACGAGUCGCGCGACAAGUCGUCCGGCGGCGACGAGGACGACGACGACCAGUGGGACAAGUUCCAGAAGAGGUUGCAGAAGCGGGAGCGACUUGAAGGACGCUCCAAGAGUUCGCAUCCUGUGCACUGCCCGUACUUCCCUCAGGAGAAGCAAGAGUACUGGUGGUGCUACAUCUGCGACCGCAAAUCGCACACGUUGCUGACUGCGCCCGCGCACGUGACCGCGCUGGUGGACACGCACGAGCUGCAACUGCGCUUCACGGCGCCGAGGUGGCCGGGGCUCUAUACGUUAGCCUGCUGUCUCAGAUCAGAUUCAUACAUCGCGAUGGAUCAGCAACAAGACAUGAAGCUGGACGUGAAGGAAGCGGCGGCUGUGCCCGCCGAGCACCCGCAGUGGGACCUCAGCGACUCUGACACCGACAACAACGAUCAGGGUGGCAAUGAAAGUGAAUUCACGACAGACGACGAGGAGGUCGAAGAGGAGUAAUCGAAGAUACCUAAGUUAUUUUUAUAUAGUUUAUCAUGUGGUGUAUGCGAAAUUUUGUUGUAUGAUCAGAGAGAAUGAAUAUAAUAUUUUAUAUUCUAAA